CAAUCAGCUUGCAGCUCCACUAGAUCCCUCCCCAUGACCGGCUCCCUUCCUGAAUGAGGAAAUGAAACUGACGGCUGCUCUGAUCAACAUUACAGGUUCUCUGCUACUUGACACAUUUUGGAAAAGAAAUGUCAGACGGUAGUUGUGUUUUCUUUUUAAUAACAUAUCGGAGAGGAUGACAUCCUUAUAGAUGUUUUAGACUGGACUUGAUUUUGUACACUCCUGAAAGUGAAAGUAAAGUUUUCCAGCCAACUUCAAAAGCACAAGUGUAGUAGGCUGAUACUUGUGUUUUGAGGUGGUUUUCAAACAAGAAGAAAUCCUCAUUUUGUGAACAUUUAUAUUUUGUGUGUGUGAAAAAGAGAAUGGCGGCAAAACUACAAAAGGAUCUUUCCUGUCCACGGUGUGGAGAAAUCUUCAAGGAUCCCGUUCUUAUGUCAUGUAGUCACAGCGUCUGUAAAGUAUGUCUGCAGCAGUUCUGGGAGGGCAAAGGAUCCAGGGAGUGUCCAGUCUGCGGGCACAGAUCACCAGAGGACUGGCUUCCCUUAAAUCUGGCGUUGAUGAACCUGUGUGAGACUUUCCUACAGGAGUGGCAACAGGUGCCGUGCAGUCUGCACAAAAGAAAGCUGGAGCUCUUCUGCCACGAUGAUCAGCAGCUUGUGUGCCUGAUGUGUCGAGACUCACUAUUACACAAAGAUCACAGCUUCCGUCCAGUUGCUGAAGCAGCAAUUCAUGUAAAGGAGGAACUCAUGAUCAAACUACAGGAGAAGCUGAAGGCUUUUGAGAAGGCUAAAGACACCUGUCAUGAUUCAGCUGAGUAUAUUAAGACUCAGUCCCAGAACACCGAGAAGCAGGUCCAUGAGGAGUUUGAGAAGCUUCACCAGUUUCUACGAGAUGAAGAGGCAGCCAGGAUAGCUGCACUGAGGGAGGAAGAGGAGCAGAAGAGUCAGAUGAUGAAGGAGAAGAUUGAGAAGAUGAGCAGAGAGAUCUCAUCUCUUUCAGACACAAUCAGAGCCAUAGAGGAGGAGAUGGGAGCUGAUGACAUCACCUACCUACAGAAUUAUAAGAGCACAGUGAAGAGAGCCCAGUGCACACUGCAGGAUCCAGAGAGGGUUUCAGGAGCUCUGAUCAAUGUGGCCAAGCACCUGGGCAACCUGAAGUUCAGAGUCUGGGAGAAGAUGCAGGAGAUUAUUCAAUACACACCUGUGACUCUGGAUCCCAACACUGCGGCUGACACACUGCUCCUGUCUGAGGAUCUGACCAGUGUAAGUGGGGCUGAUGACGAGCAGCAGCUUCCUGAUAACUUGGAGAGAUUUGAUGAUUACGCCAACGUCCUGGGCUCUGAGGGCUUUAACUCAGGAACUCACAGCUGGGAUGUGGAGGUUGGGGAGAACACCUGGUGGUUUGUGGGUGUGAUGACAGAGUCUCUCCAGAGGAAGGGAGAUUUUAAUUCCAUGACUGGACGCUGGUAUGUUUGUUUAGAUGAUGGUAAAUAUGGAGCAGAGUCUCCACCUCAGCCCACCACUCUCCUCCCAGUGAAGCAGAAACUCCAGAAGAUCAGAGUGCAGCUGGACUGGGACAGAGGAGAGCUGUCAUUCUCUGACCCUGAUAAUAACACACACCUACACACUUUCAAACACACUUUCACUGAGAGAGUGUUUCCAUACUUUGCUAUUGGCUGUGUACUCUCACCUCUGAGAGUCUUAGCAGUGAAGGCUUCAGUGUCAGUAGGCAGCAGGGCCACGUUUGGGCAUUGGCAAAUGGGCUGCUGCCCCAGGGCCCCAGCCACUAGGGGGCCCCGGUGCGGGACGUUUAAAAAAGGAAAAAAAUAAUAUGAUCAUAUUUUGAUAUUUUUGAUGCAUUUCCCCACCAGUAGUGAAGCCCGCGUUGUCUUAUCGUCACGCGUCGUUGCCCAUAUCAAUGCAUGCUAUCACAGACGACAAUGGCUUUGCAUGAGACGAUUAGGAAAUAUGAAAGCGGAGAGAGGGCAGCAGCCCGGCGUUCUCAGUAAAGCGCGCCUGCAAGUGUACGGCCGUACACACUGUGCGUACCAUCAGGCCAUUCAACAACGAGAGAGAAUUUCCCCUGUGUGUGUGUGUAUUCCCACCAAA